AUGGACGCGUUCAUCAGCUUCACCAACCAGACCCAGGGCCGGGACCAACUCUUCAGAGCCACUAAGUACACAGGCAUGUUGCUUAGAUAUUUGUUAGAGCCUAAAGCUGACAAAGAGGAGGUUGUUAUGAAGCUCAAGAAACUGGAGUCCAGUGUGAGCACUGGCUCCAGCCUGAACCUUGUGAUUUAUUUCAUCUGUGACCCCAUCAUCUUCGUGAGGAGUGCAGGGCUUGCCUCUGGCAUUAACAAAGAGAAAUGGCGAAUGUGGGCUGCACGCCAUUACUACUAUUCUCUUCUGCUGAGCCUGGUCAGGGAUCUGUAUGAAAUCUCCCUGCAGAUGGAACAGGUUGCACACGACAGGGCAAAGAGGGAGAAAUCACCAUCCCAGGAUCCUCUUGGGUAUAGCGUGGCUAAUGAGGAAACAGAAUGGCUCCAGUUCUUUCUUCUUCUCUUAUUCCGAUCUCUGAAGAAACAUCUUCCCUUGCUCCUGGACACAGUGAAGAACUUCUGUGAUAUCCUGAACCCUUUGGACCAGCUGGGGAUCUAUAAGUCCAAUCCUGGCAUCAUAGGCCUUGGAGGUCUCAUGUCCUCUAUAGCAGGCAUAAUCACUGUGGCGUAUCCUCAGAUGAAACUGAAGACCCACUGAGGUGGUUUCGGGCUGAAG